AUGGCAGACGAGUUUGCACCAACGCUUGAGAAUGUAGUCAAUAACAAAGUGAGAUUUGAGUUUUCUAAAGACGCUUUACUAAACAAGCUUAGACGCUCAAAUGGAUCUUCUGUGGUUAGUACUUGCAUCAGGACGGUGAAUGUCUAUAUCUUUGAAUUAGGUGGUAAAGGUGGUGUCGGUAAGACUACAACGUCUUGCUCUUUAGCUAUUCAGCUCGCAAAGUCCCGUGAAAGCGUUUUGCUGAUAUCAACAGACCCCGCACACAACCUUUCAGAUGCUUUUAAUCAGAAAUUCUCAAAAGAGGCAACUAAUGUCAACGGUUUCGACAACUUAUCCGCAAUGGAAAUCGAUCCUUCUGCAGCCUUAACUGAAAUGGUCCAGAGCAAUGAAGACAGUGAUUCAAAUGGCUUGAACAGCUUUGUCCAAGAUUUGGCAUUCGCUAUCCCAGGUGUUGAUGAGGCUAUGGGAUUCGCUGAGAUUAUGAAAUACGUCAAUUCUCAACAAUAUAGCUGUAUCGUUUUUGAUACUGCUCCUACUGGUCACACUUUACGUUUCUUAUCUUUCCCAACCGUUCUGUCCAAGGCUUUGGAGAAAAUUAGCUCUUUGUCUGGUCGAUUUGGUGGUCUGAUCAACAACUUCACCGGUAUGAUGGGAGGGGGAGCUAAUGCCCAAGAGGAUAUUUUUGCUAAAUUAGAGAGUAUGCGCACUACCAUCGAUGAAGUCAACACCCAAUUCAAGAACGCUGACUUGACAACUUUUGUUUGUGUCUGUAUUGCUGAGUUCUUGUCUAUAUACGAAACUGAGCGUCUGAUACAAGAACUUUCGACUUAUGGCAUAGAUACCAGCAACAUAGUUAUAAACAACCUCCUCUUGCUACCACAAGACGAUCAAGGUAACUCUCGAUCAAAUUGCGAUAGAUGUCUAGCAAGAGAUGGCACCCAAAAGAAAUAUCUUGCAGAAGCUGAUGACUUGUGA